AUGGAAGGCCCCAGUCAUGUGUAUCUCUUCGGAGACCAGACUGCGGAUUUCGACUCGGGUCUUCGUCGCCUAUUGCAUGCUAAGAAUGACUCGCUGCUGGCGGCAUUCUUCCAAAAGUCUUACUAUGCGCUACGCAAGGAAAUUACGUCUCUUCCGCCAUCCGAGCGUCAGGGAUUCCCCCGUUUUACUAGUAUCGUUGAUCUUCUCGCGAGGUUCAAAGAGUCAGGGCCGAACCCAGCUCUAGAGAGCGCAUUGACAACGAUUCACCAACUGGGAUGCUUCAUUCACUACUAUGGCGAUUUGGGCCAUGCCUAUCCGUCUGCUGAUGAGAGCUGCAUCAUUGGUCUUUGCACAGGUCAGCUCGCAUCUGCAGCUGUGAGCUCUUCGAGAACCAUCGGAGAGCUCAUAUCAGCUGGUAUUGAGACCGUGGUUCUUGCCUUGAGACUCGGAAUGUGUGUUUUGAAAGUACAAGAGCUCAUAGAACCAAGCAAAUCCGCAACACCGAGCUGGUCUGUCCUAAUUUCUGGCAUGCACGAGCCCGAGGCUGAGAAUUUGAUUCAACAGUACGCGAAGAAGAAUGCUUUGCCCCGCGUUUCUCAGCCAUAUAUCAGCGCAGUUAGCCCUAACGGACUUACGAUCAGUGGUCCUCCGACUUUCCUGAGCCGUUUCAUUGAGGACAGUGUCUCAAAGGAGCACAAACCCACACGGGUUCCAAUCCACGGCCCCUAUCAUGCCUCGCAUCUGUAUGAUGACAGGGAUAUUAACCGUAUUUUGGAAUCUUGGCCCACCGAACAGUUCAUGACCUUUGUGCCUCAGAUCCCCGUGAUUUCGAGUGAAACAGGCAAGGAAUUCCAAGCCGAGAGCCUUGAGCAGCUCUUGAGAUUGUCUCUUCAGGAGAUUCUGCAAAGACAGCUUUGCUGGGACAAGGUCAUUGAAUCUUGCCAGGAAACCUUGGAACUCGCCACAACAUGCACUCUGUUCCCAAUUUCCAGCACUGCAACCCAGAGUCUAUUCAACUCAUUGAAAAAGGCUGGAGUCUCUAAUCUUGAGGUUGAUAGCACAAUCGGUGAUGUCCAAAAGGAUUCUGAGGGAGAUAACCGGACCGGCCGUGCUGAGCAGUCCAAGAUUGCAAUCAUUGGUCUUUCAGGAAGAUUCCCAGAGUCCCCUGACACUGAAGCAUUCUGGGAUCUUUUGAAAAAAGGACUGGACGUUCACCGCGAGGUCCCCCCAGAGCGAUGGGAUGUUAAGGCUCACGUCGACAAGGAUGGAAAGAUAAGAAACACCAGCCAAGUUCAAUAUGGAUGCUGGUAUAACGACGCGGGGAUGUUUGAUCCUCGAUUCUUCAAUAUGUCUCCCCGCGAAGCGCUUCAAGCAGACCCUGCUCAGCGUUUGGCACUUCUUACUGCUUAUGAGGCUUUGGAAAUGGCAGGGUUCAUCCCUGAUAGUACUCCCUCUACGCAGAAGAACCGCGUGGGUGUUUUCUAUGGAAUGACCAGUGAUGACUAUCGUGAGGUCAACAGUGGCCAGGACAUUGACACCUACUUCAUCCCCGGUGGUAACCGCGCUUUUACUCCUGGUCGCAUCAACUACUACUUCAAGUUUAGCGGCCCUAGUGUUAGCGUAGACACAGCGUGCUCCUCAAGUCUUGCGGCAAUUCAUGUCGCCUGUAAUUCCUUGUGGAGGAAUGAAUGUGAUUCUGCCGUGGCUGGUGGCGUCAAUAUCCUGACAAACCCUGACAAUCAUGCUGGUCUCGACCGUGGGCACUUCCUCUCAAGGACCGGAAACUGUACCACCUUUGACGAUGGGGCUGAUGGCUAUUGCAGAGCAGAUGGAAUUGGCUCCAUUGUCAUCAAGAGACUCGAAGAUGCCCAGGCAGAUAACGAUCCGAUCUACGGCAUCAUUGGAGGAGCUUACACCAACCACUCAGCGGAGGCUGUGUCAAUUACUCGGCCGCAUGUGGGAGCACAGUCCUUCAUCUUUGACAAGCUUCUCAACGAAUCCAACAGCGAUCCAAAGGAGAUCAGCUAUAUCGAGAUGCAUGGAACAGGCACCCAGGCAGGUGAUGCAGUGGAGAUGCAGUCUGUUCUCGACGUCUUCGCUCCUGACUACCGUCGCGGGCCCGCUCAAUCCCUUCACCUCGGUUCAGCAAAGUCAAACGUUGGCCACGGAGAGUCUGCAUCUGGCGUCACAGCUCUGAUAAAGGUCUUGAUGAUGAUGCAGAAGAACAUGAUCCCGCCUCACUGUGGCAUUAAGACCAAGAUCAACCACAACUUCCCAACAGACUUCCCCCAGCGCAACGUUCACAUUGCUUCUGAGCCUACCCCAUGGAACAGGCCAAAUGGCGGCAAACGAAAGACUUUCGUCAACAAUUUCUCGGCCGCCGGUGGCAAUACUGCUCUGAUGGUCGAGGACGGUCCUCUCGAUGAGGAGAAUGUGGAAGACCCCCGGUCUGCCCACCCUGUGCUUGUCUCCGCUCGGUCUCAGUCUGCGCUGAAGAACAACAUAUCCGCUCUCGUGCAGUACAUCGACAAAAACAAGAACUUGUUCAAUUCCAACGAGGCUAGCCUUCUUGCCAAUCUGUCUUACACAACUACGGCGAGGCGCAUUCACCAUCCCUUCAGAGUUGCUGUCACUGGAUCGACUCUGGAUGAAGUGAGGAGUGGAUUGGCCCCUAUUGUCAACCGAGACAGCAUCAGCCCGGCCCCUGCCAAUGCACCUGGCAUCGGCUUUGUCUUUACCGGACAGGGUGCUCAGUACACAGGCAUGGGACGCCAGUUGUUUGAGAGUUGCUCCCAAUUCCGCGCCCACAUCGAACACUUGAAUUGUAUUGGUCAGAGUCAGGGCUUCCCAUCCAUUUUGUCCCUGGUCGAUGGAAGUGUGCCAAUUGAAGAGCAUAGCCCCGUCGUUACCCAGCUAGGAACCACUUGUGUGCAGAUGGCAUUAACCAAGUACUGGAUGUCUUUGGGUAUUUCCCCUGCCUUUGUCAUCGGACAUAGCCUCGGCGAGUUUGCUGCGCUAAAUGCUUCCGGUGUCUUGACAACAAGUGACACCAUCUACCUUGCCGGGCGCCGAGCCCAACUCCUCACCGAGCAAAUCAAGGUCGGAACGCACGCUAUGCUUGCUGUCAAGUCGUCAGUAGCACAGGUCAAGCAGUUCCUUGAUGAUGCUACCGAGGUGGCCUGUAUCAAUGCGCCCAGCGAGACUGUUAUCAGUGGCGCCCGCGAGAAAAUUGAUGAGCUUGCACAAACUCUUACUAACGAAGGUUUCAAGGCUACCAAGCUGAAUGUACCAUUUGCUUUCCAUUCGGCUCAAGUUGAACCUAUUCUCGAGAGCCUUUCUGAGAUUGGCAAGGGCGUCAAUUUCAAUGCACCCUCUAUUCCAUUCGUAUCUGCCCUUCUUGGAGAUGUCAUCAACGAGAGCAACAGCGAGUUGCUUGGUCCCAACUACCUCACCCGUCACUGCCGGGAGACUGUCAAUUUCUUGGGGGCUCUGGAAGCUACCCGACACUCCAACUUGAUGAACGAUAAGACAAUCUGGAUUGAGAUUGGCUCUCACCCCGUCUGCUCCGGAAUGGUCAAGGCAACCUUCGGUCCUCAGGCAACUACUGUGGCAUCUCUCCGUCGCCAGGAAGACACAUGGAAGGUUCUCUCUGCCAGUGUUUCGGCUCUAUAUAUGGCUGGAAUUGAGCUUCGAUGGAAGGAGUAUCACCAGGAUUUUACUGCCGGACACAAAGUUCUCCCACUUCCUUCCUACAAGUGGGAUCUCAAGAACUACUGGAUCCCUUACACGAACAACUUCUGUCUGCUCAAGGGUGCACCGGCGGUACCAGUGGCCGAGGCUGCACCAGUCGCGGUGUUCCUGUCAUCAGCAGCCCAGAGAGUUCUGGAGACGAGUGGUGAUAAUUCGUCAGCAUCUAUCGUCAUUGAGAAUGACAUUGCCGAUCCCGAGCUCAAUCGUGUCAUCGCAGGCCACAAAGUGAACGGUGCCUGUCUUACUCCAUCGUCCUUGUACGCCGAUAUUGCACAAACACUCGGUGAAUAUCUGGUUCAGAACUACAAGCCCGAGUGGAAAGAUCGCGGCUUUGAUAUUUGCAACAUGAUGGUCCCUAAGCCACUUAUUGCGAAGGGAGGCAAGCAACUUUUCCGCGUCUCAGCCACUGCAAACUGGGCCGAAGAAAGUGCCAAGGUGCAGGUGUGGUCAGUGACCCCAGAGGGAAAGAAGAUUCUUGACCAUGCCAGCUGCAACAUCAAGUUCUUUGAUCCCAGUCCUUACGAGCUCGAGUGGAAGCGCAGCUCUUACCUCAUCAAGCGAAGCAUUGAACAUCUCCAAGAGAGCACGAUAUCCGGCCAGGCUCAUCGCAUGAAGCGAGGAAUGGUCUACAAGCUCUUUGCUUCUCUAGUCGACUAUGACGAUAACUACAAAUCUAUGCGUGAAGUUAUCCUUGACAGUGAGCAACACGAGGCUACUGCUGUGGUCAAGUUCGAGGCCCCGCCGGGCAACUUCCAUCGCAAUCCAUUCUGGAUUGACAGCAUUGGUCACUUGUCUGGCUUCAUUAUGAAUGCUAGUGAUAAUACAGAUUCGAAGAACCAAGUGUUCGUCAAUCAUGGAUGGGACUCGAUGAGGUGCUUGAAAAAGUUCGACCCUAGCGUGACAUACCGCACCUAUGUCAGGAUGCAGCCCUGGAAAGACUCUAUCUGGGCUGGUGAUGUCUAUAUGUUUGACGGAGACGACGUCGUUGCUGUGUAUGGUGGUGUUAAGUUCCAAGGUCUCGCACGCAAGAUCCUCGACAUGGCUCUUCCUCCCGGUGGAGCCUCGGCACCAAAGCCGGCCGCCAAGCGUGUUCCUGCUCCCAUCAAUGUCCAGAAGGCAAAGCCUAGUGUUACCAAAAAGGCUUCCCCUUCGCCAAAGUCUGGAUUGCCUAGUAUGGCUACGCGUGCUCUUGCAAUCCUCGCUGAAGAGGUUGGACUUGCGGCAUCUGAGAUGACUGACGAUCUUAACUUCGCUGAUUACGGAGUUGACUCUCUGCUCUCGCUUACUGUCACUGGGCGAUACCGCGAGGAUAUGGGACUUGACCUUGACUCCACUGUCUUCGUCGAUAGUCCAACUGUCAAAGACUUUAAGCAUCUCCUAGCUCAAAUGGGCCCUGGUGAAAGCAGUGAUGGGUCAAGCAGCGAAGGUGACAUGUCCUCAGCUGCAUCUUCAACCGACCUAUCGUCUCCAAACACCAGUGGCCUGCCAACCCCUGCAAAUGAGAAGUCGAUGACACACGGAUUGCAGGGGCAAAAUGACAGCAUGAGGCAGAUUGCCUCGAUCUUGGCCGAGGAAAUCGGUGUUGAUUCUGAGGAGCUCCUUGGCGAUGCGAACCUUGGUGAAAUGGGUCUGGACUCAUUGAUGUCGCUCACAGUUCUCGGUAAGAUCCGUGAAGACCUCGAUCUUGAUCUCCCGGGAGAGUUCUUCAUUGAGAACCAAACACUCGAUGAUAUCGAGACUACUCUGGACCUGAAGCCCAAGCUCGCUCCCGCUGAGCCAAUCAGACUCCCCGAACAAAUCCCUGUUGAAGCCCCGGUGGUCGCUCACAGCACUGCCACCCAGCACCCACCGGCCACUUCGAUCCUCCUGCAAGGAAACCCAAAGACCGCGACUCAGAGUUUGUUUUUGUUCCCUGAUGGCUCCGGCUCUGCUACCUCCUAUGCUACCAUCCCUGGAAUUUCUCCCGAUGUGUGCGUCUAUGGACUGAACUGCCCAUACAUGCGUACUCCCGAGAACCUCAAGUUCAGCCUGGACGAGCUCACAGCUCCUUACGUUGCUGAGAUCCGGCGCCGCCAGCCCACUGGUCCUUACAACUUCGGUGGCUGGUCCGCCGGUGGUAUCUGUGCCUACGACGCCGCGCGCAAAUUGAUUUUCGAGGAAGGCGAGCGAGUUGAGCGUCUCCUCCUCCUGGACUCGCCCUUCCCCAUUGGACUGGAGAAGCUACCUCCCCGUCUUUACAGCUUCUUCGACACGAUCGGACUGUUUGGUGAGGGCAAAGCUCCUCCACCUAAAUGGCUCCUACCUCAUUUCCUGGCCUUCAUCGACUCCUUGGACGCUUACAAGGCUGUUCCUUUCCCUUACGAAGACCCCAAGCACGCCGACAAGCUCCCCAAGACCUUUAUGGUCUGGGCCAAGGAUGGUGUCUGCUCCAAGCCAGGUGAUGCCCGCCCUGCACCAGCUGCGGAUGGUAGCGCCGAUCCUCGUGAGAUGCUCUGGUUGUUGAACAACCGCACUGAUCUCGGUCCGAAUGGCUGGGAUACCCUUGUCGGACCAAAGCAUGUUGGCGGCAUCACCGUUAUGGAGGAUGCCAAUCAUUUCACUAUGACUCGUGGUCAGAAGGCCAAGGAGCUGGCUAGAUUCAUUGCUAACUCAAUGGCUUCGGCUUGA